ACGGGCCAUAGCGAGGGUCUCAGGCCAUCAAUCGUGUGAUCUCAGACGUGCAGAGCACUCAAUGGGCAAGAUAAAGACGUAUACUCAGCGGAGUCGGGCUGGUUGUGCGGAGUGUAAGCAGCGUAGGAUCAAAUGUGAUGAGGGAAGGCCCCAGUGUCAGCGGUGUGUGAAGCGUGGACUGGGCUGCCACUACACCGGGGUGACUUUGCUCUGGGAAGAGGAUGCCAGGAAGAGAGGCAUUGCGUUUGGAAGGUCGGCUGAUGCCAUAACUAACAAGGAGAGGCCCCCAGAAACCGUGAAGAUAAACAACGUCGUGCCACUGAGACAGCACUACCCGUUUCUCAACGUAUGCGAUAAGGACAUGUCGAGGUUGUACGAUGGGAAGAUGAUUCAUGACGGCAUAGCCAUGCCGGAGGGGCAUGAUGAAUUGCAAAAGAUCUUUGAAAGAGGCCUCGUGCCUGUUCUGGAGAACCCGGUAAGGUACAGUGCCUUCGACUUCAACUUUGGUGAGGCUCAUACGUUCUCAUUCGAUGAUAUAUUCUUGGAGUCCUUUGCACCUUUCCCGGUCUCCCAGCUCCUCAAUCCUCCAGAGACAGAUAUCAGCCAGACAACGCUGGUGCUGAACUUCGUGGAAAAGGAGCUUGUUUCCUAUUUCAUAGACAUGGUUGCUCCCCAUUGUGUGUGCUGUAAAGUGAGCUCAAAUAGUGCUAUAAACAGUUACCUGGCACCGGAGUUGAAUCCGUACCUCUAUUUGAUCAUACCUCUGUCUUUGAAGUCCAGGAUUGUCAUGAAGACCAUAGUUGUUGCUUCAUCUACACAGCUUGUACUCUUGGGACACCACGAGUACUCAACCGUAGCCGAGAAGUACUUGGAAGAGAUUGUCCACGAGUUGCCGUUGCUGGUGGAGUCCACCAAGGCAACUGGCACGAACUUGGAUGAGGUGUUUGCCGUUGUUAUCAUGCUAUGCUUCGCUGAGAUUUCAGCGUAUUGCAGCAACUCAUGGCUGUCAUUGCUAAACUACGCAAAGAAGGUCUUAAAGGAGUCGUCUGGGGAACGAGACAAGAUAAUGACGCCCAUGGCGAGGUUCUUCAUCAGAUAUUUCAUAUCCCAUGAGGUUAUGGGCGAGACAGCGUGGGAACAGGAUUCAUCGCCCGUGAAGAACGAUCCCUCACUGAUGAUGCAAGAUGAUUCCUUCAUCCAGGAGCUGAAAAAGGACGGUGACAACAAGAUCGACUUGGUCUUUGGCUGCUCACCAUAUCUCGUGUCAUUGGUACAUCGAAUCACCGUUAUACGGCAAUGCUUCGACUACCUCGAGCUCGAGGUACACCACAAGGACAUGUACAACGUCGAAAUUCUCAACCAUUCUAUGGAGACGCAGAAAAUGCUAAGUGCCAUCAAUCAACAGCUGCCCGAUAACAGCGACUUGUACUUCAACCACGACGAGAUCCAGCACAUCCUCAUCGUCGCGGAGAUCAAGCGUUUGACCGCACUGCUCUACCUCCACGGCGUCAUGAGCCAGAGGCCCGAGUUCAUCGCCCUCAGUCAAGUCGACCAUAUCGACUGCACGAACGACAUCAUCGCCCUAACAAAAAAGCUGCCAGAAUGCUACAUGUCGCUGCUGUGGCCCAUAUUCAUCGUGGGCCUCGUCAUACCAGACAUCGAAAGCGUGCGAUGGUUUGUACUGGACUCCCUGCAACAGAUGGAGAGGAAACGGAAGCUCAAGACAGUGGAAGCUGCCCGUGAAACGCUACUCGGAGUGUGGAAGGAGAAAGACCUCGGCGUAAUGUCGGUCAGCUGGAAGGAAAUGAUAAAGGGCAAGACCAGUGCCAUAAGUUUAGCGUAAUACACACCAUCCAACCCUAGAAUCCCCUCAAUUAGCAACGUGUGACGAUGCCUUGGCUCAUUUACCACUCGUUACGAGUUGAUCUGUAGGGCUUCGGUACGGUGAACGCGCAUGGACCUUCGCUAACGCUCUGGUAAAUCUCGAAUCACCACUGCCUUUGCAAUCAACUUGCGCUGCGCUGCCCAUAUGGUAUUGAUUUUAGUGCCUGGUCUUUCGUUGAUCUGAUGAUUUUGAAAC